GAACUUAGAAAACGAAACCGGACGGUAUGGAGUCUGUUUUCAUUUUGUGUAUUGUGGAUGCUCUGGUUUUCUUAUAAACAGACUGUUACUGGUGGGAAGUACUACUGCUGCAGCCUGCAGUAAGAUUUGAUGAUGUGGGAUUCUCCCAAGAACUUUGUGAUGUGGAUAAUCAAACGCACCUGCCACACACCAUUAUGACCUACUCUGCAGUGCUGUGACCUUGGAGUUAUAUUUCAUUUGAGGUGUGAAGGGGGGAAUCUUCCCUUUCAUGGGUAUGAUGCCAAUAGCCCCCAAAUAUAGAUGGCUUUCAGUCACCAGAAAAGUUUGGAAAUUCAGUUGUUCACAAUGUUUGCUUGUGAUAUCUGUGGAGAAGAUGGGCUCACCGAGCCAGAAAUGAAGACACACCUUUUAAUCGCCCAUUUAGCGACUGAGCCUUCCUGUCCAUUUUGUAGUCUGUCUGGAGUAACGUACGAUGAACUGACUUUUCAUGUUAAUACUGCUCAUGCAGAAGUAAAUGGAGAACAUAAUGAAAUGAAUGAGAAUUCUGGUCAGAUGAAUGCAAGACAUGAAAAAAAAUCAAACUUGAAAAAUAGCAUCAGCAGUCCUAAGAGCAAAGAUGCUGAGACAAAGUAUGAACUUCCCAUUAGUCCUGCUUCCAAAAGACCAUCUGCAGAACGUCAAAGCUUAGCAGCGAUUGAAAAUAAUUAUGAGAAACUGCACAGCAGGACUAAGAUACAUAGUGAGAAAUGCAUUCCUUGUCUAAAUGGCAGUAAUAGCCCUGAUAUGCAUUUUAAUGCUUCUGAAACGAAAAUACAAGCUGUUCUUUACAGCAUACCUGAAUGUCCAUUUUGUGGUCAAACAGGUGCAUCAGAAGAUCUUGAAGAGCAUUUAAAACAAAAACAUGCUAAUCUUUUAGAAACCCCAACAAAAGGUAAUUCGACAGAGAAGUUGUAUGAAUGUCCUAUGUGCAGCUUAAUCUGUGCAAACUGUCAGAUUCUUCAGGAACAUGUUGAGCUACAUUUACAGGAAAAUGCCUUUGGAGAAGAGCAUAGUCAGGCUGACCAAGAAGUUGCUAAAAUGCUUCAGGAAGAGGAGGAGCAAUAUGCAAGGUCUGAACAAGCAGUGCAGGAGAAGGAAGAAUUUCAAAAACUGAAGGUAUUCUAAGAUCUUUGUAUGAAUUUUAUCAGAGAGAUAACAGAAAUAUUGUUUACGUAUGGUUAAGUUGUGAAACGGACCACUUCCAUGCAUCAGUGGGAGACAAAGGAUGGGGCUGCGGUUACAGGAAUUUUCAGAUGAUGUUAUCUUCACUUUCACGGUUAGAUGCAUACAAAGACUGUUUGAAAGACCAUCUUAUAAUACCUUGUAUUCCAAAAAUCCAGUCUAUGAUUGAGGCUGCUUGGAAAAAUGGAUAUGAUCCUCAGGGAGCUUCACAUUUUGGUGGAAAACUGCAGAAUACAAAGGCCUGGAUUGGAGCUUCUGAUAUUUAUAUCCUUCUGACCUUCCUUGGGCUGAAAUGUCGAAUUGUAGAUUUUCAUCAACCUACUGGACCUUCAGGUACACAUCCUCGUUUAUUUGAGUGGGUAAAACGUUACUAUGCUUCAGGAAAUGAAGGAGCACAUUUACCACAGAAAGUUUUCUGGACACAUAAGCCUCCAAUUUAUCUUCAGCAUCAAGGCCAUAGUCGUACUGUCAUUGGGCUUGAAGAAAGGAUGGAUGGAUCACUUUGCCUUUUGAUUUUUGAUCCUGGUUGUAUGGCCCAUGAAAUGAAUAAACUGCUGAGUCGAGAUGCCACUAGUUUCAAUCUCAAAAUAAUUCGGAGGUUCCUUGGCAGCUUGAAAUACAAACAAUAUCAAACAGUGGUAGUUGAGGGCAUUCUUUCAUCAGAAGAAAAAAAUGUUUGCCAGCAGGCUUCCAAGGUAUUAGUAGCGGAGAAGAUUCCAUGAAGAGUUCAUUUGAUGCGAUUACUUUUGAAAUAAGACUGUUUGAAUCAUUUCCUUAAUAAGAUAAUAAAGAGGAAAUGUAAAGUCCUGUAAUGUCUUUAUGUACAUAAUGAAAGUUUGUAAUAAAAUUUUAUAUAUUUUC